AUGGCCGGCCGCCCUCGGAUGCCAGCUCAGCUGCACACGCCUACACACUCGUUCAGCGAGGCGCCUAUACAGACCCCGGAUUCCACAGCCGCAGGCAAGGCCUCGGCGCAAGAACGCCGUGAACGCGAGCAGUUCGAGUUCACCAAGCGCCUGACUGAUCAGAAGUUCAACAUAGCUUUGUAUCCAGAUCCCCUACUGCCAAGGCAGCUCACACAAGAGCAGCACUUUCCUGCUGGUGUCACGACGGAAAUGGAGGCAUAUCUGCAGAAUGUGGCUGCGAGGGUGAAGGGCAUGGCUGUAGAGAAGGAAUAG